AUGAAACGCGAAAAAAAAAUAUUCAGCAAAGAGAUCAUGAGGAUACAGCAGCAGCAGCAGCAGCAGCAGCAGCAGCAACAGCAACAGCAGCAGCAGCAGCAGCAGGAGAAACGGGAGAAAACGAAAAACCUGAAUCAACGAGAAAGCCCAUCGUGCUGCAGGUCAUUCACAUCUCCUCCACAGACGAGAUCGACCGCAUACAGCAAAAAAACAGCAGCAGCAGCAACAGCAGCAGCAGCAGCAGCAGCAGCAGCAGCAGCAGCAGCAGCAGCAGCACGGGGCCUGCAACCCCGCUCAGUGGUGGUGGAGGAGGGGGGCGAGCUUCAUCACGUAUACGCCCAGGAGCUGGACGAGGACUCUACGCACAUCGAGAACAUUUCGGUUUGCUGCCGGGCGGGGGCGACCUACCGGCUGACGCACGUCGACUUGGGCGCAAAGUUUAGUCGUUUUGCCCUGCAGGCUACACAUGGGGCUGCUAUCCGGGACUUCGAUACAGAGCCGUUGUUUUAUAUGCGGAGCCGAGGGCUGCCUACAGGCGAAGCCAAGCGCUUGCUCAUGCUCGCGUUUGCUGCGGACGUUGUGAAGCCGACGGAGGACGCGCAGCUGGCAGCGCGAGUGCAGCAGAAGGUGAGCAGCAUGCUGCCGCGGCGGGGGGAUGCAGCAGAGGAGCUGCAGAGACACCACAUGUUCCGUGGGGGAGAUGGGGGCAUCUGA